CGCGCGGGGCUGCGGCGGCGGCGGCGGCGGCGGCUCCGAUCAGUCAUCCCCUCUCACCACCUGGCGCGCGUGGGGACGGGUCUGCAGCCCCUUGUCCGCCCUACAACCCUCAUGGGCUGCCGCCCGCCGCCGCCUCGGCUGCCACCCAGGACAAGGCAGGGAUAAGCGCAGGACCAGACGGACACCAUGUCUGGAGACUAUGAGGAUGACCUCUGCCGGCGGGCUCUCAUCCUGGUCUCAGACCUCUGUGCACGGGUCCGAGACGCCGACACCAAUGACAGGUGCCAGGAGUUCAAUGAGCUACGAAUCCGAGGCUACCCCCGGGGUCCAGAUGCAGACAUUUCCGUGAGCCUGCUGUCGGUCAUCGUCACAUUCUGUGGCAUUGUCCUCCUGGGUGUCUCUCUCUUCGUGUCCUGGAAGUUGUGCUGGGUGCCCUGGCGGGACAAGGGAGGCUCGGCAGUGGGCGGCGGCCCCCUGCGGAAAGACCUAGGUCCUGGGGUUGGGCUGGCAGGCCUGGUGGGUGGUGGCGGGCACCACCUGGGGGCUGGCCUGGGUGGCCAUCCUCUGCUCGGCGGCCCACAUCACCAUGCCCACACGGCCCACCAUCCGCCCUUUGCCGAGCUGCUGGAGCCGGGCAGCUUGGGGGGCUCCGACCCCCCGGAACCCUCUUACUUGGACAUGGACACAUAUCCAGAGGCGGCAGCAGCGGCUGUGGUAGCUGCUGGGGUCAAACCAAGCCAGACAUCUCCUGAGCUGCCCUCUGAGGGCGGGGCAGGAUCUGGGUUGCUCCUGUUGCCCCCCAGUGGUGGGAGCUUGCCCAGUGCCCAGUCGCAUCAGCAAGUCACCAGCCUAGCGCCCAGCACCAGCACCCCUGAAGGUCCAGAGGAGACCCUGUUCCCAGGCUGGGAGGAGACCAGGGGCUUCCUGGAGGUGGAGGUGCAUAGGAAGACCCUGAACCCCGUCUUCAACGAGACGUUUCAGUUCUCGGUGCCCCUGGCCGAGCUGGCGCAGCGUAAGCUGCACUUCAGCGUCUAUGACUUUGACCGCUUCUCGCGGCACGACCUCAUCGGCCAGGUGGUGCUAGACAACCUCCUGGAGCUGGCCGAGCAGCCCCCCGACCGCCCGCUCUGGAGGGACAUCGUGGAGGGCGGCUCGGGUUUCUUCCUGCCCCCUCUCCUGAGUCCCGACAGCCUGAUGGCCCAGGCCUUAAGCCUGCUGGGAUCCCCAGUCCCCCAUGCCUCCCAGGGCCCGGAUGGUGCCCUGAGCCCUUCCCUCUCCCUAGACCCCUAUGUGAAGGCCUCUCUGAUCAGCGAGGGGCGGCGUCUGAAGAAGCGGAAGACCUCCAUCAAGAAGAACACCUUGAACCCCACGUACAACGAGGCGCUGGUGUUCGACGUGGCCCCCGAGAGCGUGGAGAACGUGGGGCUCAGCAUCGCCGUGGUGGACUAUGACUGCAUCGGGCACAACGAGGUGAUCGGAGUGUGCCGCGUGGGCCCCGAGGCCGCCGACCCCCACGGCCGCGAGCACUGGGCGGAGAUGCUGGCCAACCCCCGCAAGCCCGUGGAGCACUGGCACCAGCUGGUGGAGGAAAAGACUCUGACCAGCUUCACAAAAGGCAGCAAAGGACUAUCAGAGAAAGAGAACUCAGAGUGAGGGGUCUGGCCUAGGCCCGGGAUCGGACCAGGCCCCCAUCCCUUCCUGCCCGGACUGUGAACUCAUCUCCUCGAAGCCAUAAUGUCCGAGCUGCUGGUGCGGGGCAGCCCUGGGCUUGCCCUUCCUCCCCCUGGAGCGGGAGGCGGGGAGGCAGGCCCAGCUCCCUGUUUCAGGGUGGGGGGCUUUCAGCCUCCACUGUCUGUCUUCUCUCUCCUGGGGCUCCCCCUCGAGGCAAGGGGCCGUGCAUGUCUGGGGGACCCCCACCCCACAAACCCUCUGUCUCUGUCUCUUGACUGUUGUCCCAGACUUGGUGUCCUGACCCUUGUACGAGUGUGAAUGUCAACAGACCAGUCCUCUGUGUCCCCCCAGACACUCGCUCACACCUGUGUCCACCCCUUGUGUUCGCCACACCCCGUGUCUGGCCGAUCCCCCCACCGCUGCUGCUAUCAACGCCAGAAUAAACACACUCCGUGGGUCUCACUCA